UCGCAACCCCUGGCAUUGCCAGAGCUCAAUCUCUGCAGAGACCAAAUUCUGGUUGAGGAAAAAUUGCCGGGUAGAGGGUGGGAACGGUGGUGGGAACGGCAUGAGGCUGGUUGAGGAAUGUUAAAGUGCUGUUGGAUCAUUCAGAGUUCGCAUUUUUUGUCCCAAGCACCAUGCCAAUCAUACCACGCGGAUUAAGUAUGCUGGUUGAACUCUCAGUGGCAUGCUGUCGCAAAUCGUCAAUCAGCCGAGUGCUGCGGUCCAUCUCUCCCAAGCAAGCCUUUUCAGCUUUGCUUUAGGUUCAAGCAAGAGUCGAGCUGUAUUCCUUUUGAGCCUGCAAAUGUCAGAUGAUGUCAGAUGGCUACAAGAGUUGCGCCCCAACAAGACCGGGAUUUGAGAUCCACCAGCCACAAGAUCGAUGGGCUGCUGGUGGCGUGCAUGGCUCUGACAGUGCUGUUGUUUGCCAUAGUUGUAUGUGCUGCUUUGCUGGAAAUCUACACUCUGCCCCCGGUGGAUGACACAAAGCCCCGGGUGGAUAUGUGUUUCGACGACUUCGACCCAAAGACUAUGUCUCGAAACGAGUAUGCUCAUGCACGGGCUUCAGCAUCUUGCAGUUGGGCACGGAGCUGGCGUUGGUUCUUUGCGAAGCUCGAGGAAUUGAAGGGACAGAAAGAACUUUGAGAACCAUGUGCGAGCUUCUGAUCGUCGCCACAUGCCCUCCUCAAUAGCCAGCAUGCAUUCUGCAAAAGAACAUCCACCUUGUUCUGCCCUUUGUGCGCCCCCUUCCAAUACACCUUGGAAGAUUUGGGCGGAGUUUCAAUGCCGCCCUGCCAGAGCUGUGCGAAGACGACCGAGAAGAAAAAGGAUCAAAC